AUGCUUUUAUGCAAGCUUGGCGAUGUCACAAGUAGCAAACUUUGUCCACCAUUAAGAAAACCGGUGAACGGUUUUAUUCAUGGGCAGCAAAACUGGGAAGGUGAACACAUCUCAUUCAGUUGUAAGCCAGGUUACUGGCUAAAUGGAUCAUCAGAACGUCAAUGUUUGAGCAGUGGUGCAUGGACAGGAGUGCAGCCCACUUGUGAAUAUGCUACAGCGGACUAUGCUUUGCUGUUCCCGCGGAAAGGAACCAGUGAUUAUGUCAUCACAAGUGGAAUGCCAAGCCUCACAGCAGUGACUGUUUGUUUCUGGUUACAAACUUCUGAUCGAGGAAACGAGGGAGUACUGUUUAGCUAUGCUGUUUCAUCACAAGAUAAUGAAUUGACUCUUUGGGACUACAGAGCUUUUAAGUUAACUCAUGCACGAUACAAAGUAAAAAGAGCAUAUGGCACUAAGUUAUACUUCAAAGAAGAAAAUCAGUUAUUUAUUUUUUUACAUAUUAGGAUCCUUUCCAUAUCUGCAAACGAUGGAAAAUGGCAUCACAUCUGCGUCACCUGGGAGAAUACAGCUGGAUCAUGGAAACUGUUCAAAGAUGGAAGAGUUGCGAGCUCGGGCACUGUUCUGAGUAAAGGCCACACGAUACGGGGAGGUGGUUACUUGACACUAGGACAAGAACAAGACACAGUGGGAGGAGGUUUCGAUGCUGGUCAAAGUUUUAUCGGGAAACUGGCAGGUGUCAAUAUCUGGGAUCACGUGCUUUCAAACCAAGAAAUCACUCGCAUGUCUCAGUCGUGUCAAGUAGGGGUGGGCGACGUGUUUCGGUGGAGCGAAUUUCUUCCUCACAUCAAAGGCUCAGUAAAAUCUGUCCGCCUUUCCUGUUAAACAAAUAAAGUCCGCACUGAAGAUUUUUUCAAGUUCGCAUCUCAAUAUGUAACUGUUUCAUUUAGGAAAUAGGCGUUGCCCUCGAUGACAGAUAUAUUUUAAUUACACAACUCGUGAUUGACAUUAAUUCCGUACAAGGAUUUAAAAGUGUUAGCUUAUCAUAUUUUAAACCAGCUUUCAGAGGAAUCAGUAAGAGAGAGAAGUCGGUUUUUAUAAUCUGUUCGCUUACCCGAAUCUGCUAACCUGAAGUGAGAAACCU